AAGGAAGAAAGGGGAAACUGCGAAUUCUAAAAUUAGAUUCAGAAGAGAAAGUGUUUCCUUGCAAACUCCAUAAAAAGAGAGGAUACACACAUUCGAGAAAGCCAAACCUCUGCACAAUGGCGAAUCUACCUCCAUCUCUCUCCAUGGGCACACCUUUCGGUGGUCCUAGCUCCUCCGCCCAGAAUCCUACCGGAGCUCCGGCGAACAAAGAUCGGAAUUUGGCUUCCGCGGAGCAGUUGGUACUCGAUCUAAGCAAUCCUGAACUCAGAGAGAAUGCUCUUCUCGAGCUUUCCAAGAAACGAGAAUUGUUUCAGGAUCUGGCGCCUCUCUUGUGGAACUCCUUUGGUACCAUUGCUGCCUUGUUGCAGGAGAUAGUAUCAAUCUACUCUGUUCUUGCACCUCCAAAUCUGACUCCUGCUCAGUCCAACCGUGUUUGCAACUCACUCGCCCUGCUUCAGUGUGUAGCAUCUCAUUCUGACACGAGGAUGUUAUUUCUCAAGGCUCACAUCCCACUGUACCUUUACCCCUUCCUUAACACAACUAGUAAGUCCAGACCUUUUGAGUACCUGCGGCUCACUAGCUUAGGUGUCAUUGGUGCACUUGUGAAGGUUGAUGAUACAGAGGUCAUUAGCUUCCUUCUUUCAACUGAAAUUAUUCCUCUGUGCCUGCGCACCAUGGAGAUGGGGAGUGAACUGUCAAAAACUGUUGCAACGUUCAUAGUUCAGAAGAUCUUGUUGGAUGAUGUGGGGAUGGAUUACAUUUGCACAACAGCAGAGAGGUUUUUUGCGGUUGGUCGAGUAUUGGGCAAUAUGGUUCAGUCACUUGUGGAACAGCCUUCACCCCGCCUUCUAAAGCAUAUCAUUCGUUGUUAUCUCCGUUUAUCAGACAACCCAAGGGCUUGUGCUGCCCUCGGAAGCUGUCUCCCUGACUCGCUACGAGAUGGAACCUUUAGCAAUUGUCUUCGCGAGGAUCAAAUUGCAAGGAGGUGGCUGCAACAGUUGGUUCACAAUGUUGGAGUUGUUCGAGUCCCAGCACAUCAAGGUGGAGGAUUUGAGCACAUGCUUUGAACUGAAUCCAUCUCAGCCCAUCCAUGGAGUGUUUCUUCUGUUUUAGUUUCUAAUUUAUUCAUGUGCUUUUGAUGCCUUAACUUAGAUGAUGGGUUACUGGCUUUUAAUCUGGUUGAAUUUCUUAUUGUAAUUAUUAUAAGUUUUAGAACAAAACCCCAUAAUGCAUUAAGUCUCGGGAUAAGAAAGGCUUGGUUACAAAAUA